AUGAGAGAGCAGGACGAGGAAGCGAACGAGCGCAGGAAGUCCUCGAGCAUGGUCAUGCGGCGGCACGUGAAAAAGGACUGCCGACAGGACGGCACGCUGGUCGACAACACCAAAAAGCGGGUGGAUCGGUCACAGAAGAUGGCCAGCGAGAGACAAAUGAGGAGGGUCAGCUCCCUGGACGUGCCGGCGUGCGUCGUGGUGAAGUCGGAAGACGCUUCCGACGCUGGGGAGAUUCUGCAGCACUGCGCGUUUCACAUGGAGGCCUUCCGGGUGCACGCCAAGAACCAGACGGUGGCAGAAGGAGCGCCGACACCGACGACCUUCAUGUUCGUGUUCCACGGAGGACAGCCCAACCAAGCGGCCCUCGAGGUCACGCACACGCCGCCUUGCCCGACCCCCGCGAGGGGGCAGGCGGGGGACGGCGGAGGAGAGGAGCCAGACCCCACCAGCGAAGGAGAGGGUCGCGUCACGAUGACCCUGGGCGGGAACAACGUCCCGCACCGCCCGGGCGAGCCGUACUCGUGCUACAUCCGCCAGGUCGGACACGUCACCUUCAACCCGCGCAAACAGGCACGUGGCUACCUGUACAUCCUCAGCCAAGAAGGACGUACUCUGUUCACCUCGCUCAGCUGA